CACACUGGCCGUGUCAUGUCACGCGAGGACAGAACCAAUGCUCUGAUCUUCACGGACGACGACAUGUAUUAGUGACCCCAUAAUGAAUCGCACGGAGAUGGAGAUGUCAGGGCCAAGUGUGAGCCGACACAGUCGAACAGUGAAGAGGAAACGGUGGGGUGGACUGAGGCAGCAGUUGAAACUGCUGGGUCUGUUUGAGAUCGACCAGCAGCAUGAGUUCUACAGUCUCACCUGUAUGAUGAAGGAAGGGCUGUUUGCCGCUGUGCAGAACAACCCUUUACGUGAUGAGCUGUGUGAAGAUGACUACAAUUUUGAGUUUACUCAAAUCCAUAAGGACUUCAGGAUGGAUACGUAUGCUGGGCCGGUGUUUUCCAGUCUGCGGCGCUCCCUGGGGAUGACAGAGAAGGAAUACCAGCAGUCCCUCUCCUCCGAAGGCUGCUACCUGCAAUUUAUCAGCAAUUCUAAGAGCAAGGCAGACUUCUUUCUAACUAAUGACAAGCGGUUCUUCUUAAAGACACAGAGUAAAAGAGAAGUGCGAUUUCUCUUGACUAACUUGAGAAUCUACAUGGAACAUCUGGAGAAGUACCCACACUCUCUGCUCGUCAAAUUUUUGGGUGUUCACAGAAUCAAAAUUGCACAUCAGAGGAUGAAGUACUUUAUUGUGAUGCAAAGUGUAUUUUACCCUGAUGACAGAAUCGCUGCAAGGUAUGAUAUAAAGGGCUGUGAGAUGAGCCGGUGGACAGACCCAUCCUCUGAAGGCAGCCACAUCAUUGUUGUUUUAAAAGAUCUUAAUUUUGAAGGACAGUUCAUUCAGUUAGAUCAGCAGCGUCCUUGGUUCCUGCGUCAGGUGGAGAUCGACACAGCCUUUCUUCAGACACUCAAUGUGUUAGACUACAGCCUCCUGCUGGCCCAUCAGCCUCUGCACCAGGAUGAACUCAGCGAGAAUCUCUCCUUCGGAACACUCAUCAUCCGUACCAAAAAGUCAGUGAAUGCAGCAUCCGGUCCUUCACAUGCUGCAUCACCCACUGUUCCUGGGGUGGUGGCAGAGGAAGACUCCACACUCUCCGCAGAGUUAAAUUGUGCAACAACACAGUGUCCCACAACAGAAAUGCACAGUGGCAAUGGAGGAACGGACAGUACAAGCCUUGAGGGAGACAAAAUUGAGCAAACCAGUUGGAUGGGAACAGAGUCAGCCGAUCUACAAGAGUUCCAGGCCCAGAACCGGAGACUGCUUCCCAACUCCAAGAACCCGCUUCAUGUCAUUGAUGGAUCAGAGCAUCGUUACUUCAUCGGAAUUAUUGACAUCUUCACUGUUUAUGGUUUCAAAAAGAGGCUUGAGCAUUGGUGGAAAAGACUGAGAUACCCACAGCAUACAUUCUCCACAGUCAGUCCUCCAGCUUACUGUCACAGGCUGUGCCAGUGGGUUCAGGACCAUACCAAAUAAAAUAAGACCGCUUGGAAAACAGAAGGCAGCUUUUAAGUUGACCAUUUUGAAGUAUCUGUUUAUGAAUAGCUUUGUUUAAAUACAUACAAUGCUAAUGGAAGUACUUGUUUAAACACUGUACUUCCAGAAAAUGCAAAAGUUAAAAGUUGUGUUCAUUUAAAAUUGUUAACGCAAGUAAUGGUGCAAUGACCAUUGUAUAAUGCAGAUGAUGCAUAGGGAUGAAAACAUGAAUAUGUUUGAUGAAUUAU